AUGCUUCUAAAGAAGUCCAAAAUAGCCUCUGCUAUCAGGGCAAGUCAGCCGAAUGGGACAGCGAGGCUGUAUUUGGAAGAUGUUAAGAUCAUCCUUAAAGUCACGCAGGCUCUUAAUGUGGAGACCAAAGAGAAAGUCCUUGGCGUGAAGAAACAAGUGGCCUGCAUAACAUCCAAAUUGGACGUCGAGCGAGUGGGGCGCGAAGCAGCGGUAGCAGCAAUGAGAAAAAUGGAAGGUGAUAUUAAGGAAAUGGAGUUUGCCUUGAUUUCACAGAAAGAUGAAAAGGAAGAUGCCCUCAAACUUGUCUCCAAAUUGAAGGAGGAAGUCGAAAAUGCUGUGUGUGUAGCCGAGGAUACUAAGGACAAAUUACGAGCGGCUAACCAGGAGGCAGAACGCGAGAGCAAGGCGUUGAAGGCGGUAAUAAGACUACUUAGUGAUGAGUUGUCUUGUGCAAAAAGAGAACGACUUGCAGCUGCAACCGAACGUGACGGGUUGGCUGCAAAUCUAGAAGCUGGUGAAGAAAAAGAAAGAAGGAUAUUUCUGCUGGAGGCUGAAAUAUUGCAACUUAAGGAAGAGUUGCUCAUAUCGCAGAAAACAUCCAAAAUCGAGGCUGAUUAA